AAACCGGAAGAAGGAUUCUGUACUUUCACUUUUGUGUGUGCCUUUGGAGAGGAUGGUUUAAUCAAAAGUUUGACGGUUGACAGAUACACCUAAUCACUAUGGCGUUUAUUGAACACGAUAUAGCUGACCAAGAAAGAUUUAACUUACUACUAUUGGAGCCAGGGGAAAUUUAUUUUGAAGAUUACAGUGUGACAUAUUUCCCUGAAGGCACGCUGAAAAAAGACAAGGGAAAAAAGUCGCAGAAGGGGCAUCUUAAAAUUUGUUCCAAGUCUGUUGUUUUUGUUCCCAAAGCUAUCCAGUUUCCAAUACUUAAGCUUCCCUUGAAAAAUGUCACAUCAGUCGAAGAAUGGACAGGGGACUUGUUUUCCAGGUUGGAAAAAGAUAAAAUUAUAAAGAUAACGUCCAACCGAGCUGUGAAAAUGAAGGAGAACAACAUUAUUGGACCAUAUUCAUUUUUCAGGGAAGCAUCAGAUUACAUUUUCCAGCUGGACUAUGUUUCGGUAGAUGAUUGUCUGCCACAAAUCUGUCAGCUUCACCGGGCGUCCACCUUACCCCCAGGGGAACAAACUGCAAUGAUAAAUGCCAUAGUCUUAUCAAGACAAUCAAGAUGUAAAUUCAAUACUAGUUGGCUGGAAGACCUAUAUGAGAAGAUUCAGUGUGAGACUCAGGGAGAUAGAAUUCUGCCUUUGGUCACAAACCCUGGCCGAAUCAUGCUGACGUGUAAAAGAUUGUACUUCCAACCCUUCAACAAUAUAGAAAAGGUUCCUGUGAUUAAGAUAAGGUUAAAAGAUAUAUCCAGGGUCAUUAAAAGAAGAUUUCUCCUACGUCAUGUCGGAAUAGAGAUAUUUUGCAAAGAAGGAGCUGCAUGCUCACAUAUAUAUCUGAGCCUGAAAUCAGCUAGAGAAAGAGAUGAACUUUAUGAUACAAUACUCAAACAGAAAGAGCUACAACUAGAGGAAGCAUCUCAAGAUGACAUGAUGCUAAGAUGGCAGAGUAAAAACCUCUCUAAUUAUGACUACCUGAUGUACCUGAACAGCCAAGCAGACAGAAGUUUUUGUGAUCUAACUCAGUACCCUGUCAUGCCAUGGAUCAUCACAGAUUUUACUUCAUCAACCCUGGAUUUAGAAGAUGAGAGCAUUUACAGAGAUCUAAAGAAACCUAUAGGAGCAUUAAAUGAGGAGAGGAUCCAAAAAAUGAGGGAGAGAUAUCAGGAGAUGCCAGACCCUAAAUUCCUGUACGGUUCUCACUACUCGACCCCUGGUUAUGUUCUCUUCUAUUUGGCAAGAAUAGCUCCUGAGUAUGUGCUGUGCUUACAAAAUGGAAAAUUUGACAAACCUGACAGGAUGUUUAACAGUCUUGAUGACACCUGGGCUAAUUGUCUGGAAGGGGCAGCUGACUUUAAGGAAUUGAUUCCAGAGUUUUUUGAUGGGAGUGGAGAAUUUCUUCUCAAUAAAGGGGUCAGUAACUUUGGUAUAAGACAAGAUGGCCGACCUGUUGGUGAUGUAGAACUUCCACCGUGGGCUAAAGACCAUCAUGAUUUCAUUGACAAAAUGAGGGCAGCCCUGGAGAGUGACUAUGCCUCAGAACACCUACAUAACUGGAUAGAUCUUAUAUUUGGAUACAAACAGAUAGGAGAAGAGGCAGAAAAAGCUGAUAAUGUUUUCUACUACAUGACAUAUGAAGGAGCGGUGAAUUUGGACGAAAUCGAGGACCCAAAUGAAAGAGCCAGAAUAGAGAUCCAGAUUAUGGAAUUUGGUCAGACUCCCCAUCAAUUGUUUGAGAAGCCACACCCUCCUCGAUUCACAAAGGAUAGCAUCAGGCAUCACAGUUCCACUACAGCAUCCAGUAGUUCACAGGAGAAUGAACUGCAAGAUUUAUCAGUGAAGGAGGAUGAAUCUAUUCAAUCUGCAGAGUCCAGUAUAGUCAGUUCCAUACAGAGUUGUCUUUCUUUAGAUGAUAUAUCAGCACUUCAAAUAACUCAUCAAUAUUCACUACAUAAAAGCUGUGUCACUGCUAUGCAGCUGACUGAGGAUGGAUGCAAUAUAUUUUCAGUCUCACAAGAUACAACACUGAAAAGGUAUUCACUGGAAGACCAGAGGCAGCUCAGCUUUAAUGUUUCAAAAAUGGCAUUGUCUUCUUGUAUAGUGAUGCCUGAUAAUAGAACAAUUGUUGUUGGAUCUUGGGAUAACUAUGUAUAUUUCUACAGUGUAGAAUUUGGACGUACUUUUGACACUUUAAAAGCACAUGAUGAUGCAGUUUCCUCUGUUGUUUGGAAGAAUAACAAUCUGAUAACAGCAUCAUGGGACUCAACUGCAAAGGUGUGGGAGUUUAAUCCACCAAAGGAACCACAAGAUUUUAAAGCAGCUGUUUUCCAAGGACAACUAGAUCUUGAUUCUGGAGUUUCUUGCCAGGACAUCGAUGACACUGGUUCGCUUCUUGUGACUGGAACUGAAGAAGGACAUGUUGUAAUUUGGGACGUCAAAUCUCUACGUCCUAUUGCAGAAAUGGAAGAAGUUCAUAGUGGCACAGUCAAUUCACUCGCAUUUACUUUUGAUAGUAGAAGACUGAUUUCGUGUGGAGCAGACUCGGUACUGAAAAUCCUAGAUGUAGAGACACAGACAGAAGUCUUUGUCAAGAAUUUAGGACAUCAAAUUCUUUGUUUAGCCUGUUUGGAAAGUCUGAUACUAUGUGGGACAGAGAAUGGAGAACUAGAAAUUUGGGACAUUGAGAAAGCCAGUGUAUUGUCAGCAAUUAAAGGCCAUAAUGAGCCAGUGACCUGUAUUGAGAUGGGGAGGAGGUGUGUGCUUACCGGGGACAAAGGGGGAAGCAUCAGUGUGUGGAAACCUGGCUGACCCAGAGAAUGUUGAGAGUGUUACAGGACCGUCAAGUGCACAAAUUAUAGGACAAUGAUUUUAGCAACACUGAAUGUAACAUAUUUAUUACUUUUUAAUUUUUACAUUAUACGUGUCAAAAGACAUUACUGAAGGAUGGACAAAACCUUAAAAAAGAUCAAGUAAAGCAUGUUAAAUAUUGUCAGUACAGUACUAAUUUGUGCAGUUAUUAAAACAAACAUUCCACCAGGAAUAAAUAUCAAAAAAGUUUGAAAAGAAACACAAUAUGGAUAAGUUUUCAUAUUUUCCAUUGUAAUGUGUUGAGGAAUUAUUGUAUAUCUUAACUGUACAUCUACACGUAUAUCUGAAAAUUGAUCAUUUUGAAUUAUUUUCAAAUUGUUAUAGAAAUAUUUUACGUUUUGUUAUCUGUUUAGUUGAUACAUGUACCUUUGAUUGUUGAAUCUAGUCUGAGAUUAAAAAUACUGUUAGCCAUCAGUAGAUAGACCACAAGAUUUGCUCUUCAUCUGUUAUUCAUAAAGUGUAGAUUCUAUAAAAGAAGGCAGUUGUUUUCCAUAUAAUACGUACAUUAUGAUUGUAUAUAGAUAUAUAUUAUGAAGAUACACAUUCCAAAAAAAAUUAAAUCACAAUCAAGAUAAAACAUUUUUGAAAAUAAAUCAUU